UUCAUCCGUUAGAUAGAAAGAAGGUCAUGAUGCGUACUCCGAUUUUGACAGGUCAACACUGGGUGGAAAAACAUGAGAAAUAUCCUACUUGUAACAUUCCUCAUCAGUCUUUCAGCUGCGUCUCAAGUUACUGAAUACGACUCCAAACCCAAUGUGCUUUUCCUGAUCGUCGACGACUUUCGGCCAGCCCUGGGCAGCUAUGGGGAGCACGUCCUCACUCCCAACAUGGACCAGCUGGCAGCUCGAUCCAUCCGGUUCACCGAGGCCCAUGCCCAGCAAGCCCUGUGUGCCCCCAGCAGAAUCUCAUUCUUGACCAGUCGCAGGCCAGACUCCACCCUCCUGUGGGACUUCAGGUCCAGCUACUGGCGAGACUCGGCCGGCAAUUUCACAACGCUGCCCCAGCACUUCAAGGAGAACGGGUACUUCACAGUGUCGACGGGCAAAGUCUUUCACAAAGGAGCCUGUUCCAACUUCACGGAUGACUACCCACUGAGCUGGUCGAUUCCAGUUCAUCGGCCCACGUCAAAGAGAGAGAAGGGGAUCAAGCUGUGCCCAGGAGCAGACGGUGCCCUCUACUCCUACACCAUGUGCCCUGUCAACGUCACCCACAUGCCAGAGGGGACGCUACCCGACAUCGAGACCUCUGACUACGCCAUCUCCAUCUUACAAAGUCUUUCCCAGACCCGUGGCAAGAAGAGCGGAAAUAAAAAGAAGAGGAAGAACAACACUCCGCUGCCCGAGGAACUCACCAAGCCCCACCUGCCUUUCUUCCUGGCUGUCGGAUACUACAAACCCCACCUGCCUUUCAGGUACCCUCAGGAGUACAAAGACUUGUACCCUGUGGAAAGCAUGCAGAUAGCCAAGAAUGCUUUCCACACGGUCAACCUUCCCCCUGUGGCCUGGGAACACUGGAAGGACGUCCGACGCGGCGAGGACAUUCCACUCUCAAAGAAGUUACCUAACUAUUUUGAGCCCAUGCCCAAGGAGUAUCAUCUGCUGAUGAGGCAAGCCUACUUUGCCACUACCUCCUACAUCGACUACCAAGUAGGCAGAGUCCUGUCCACGUUAGAAGAGGAGGGUCUGGCAGAUAAUACCAUCAUUGCUUUGCUUGGAGACCAUGGAUGGCAGUUGGGGGAGCACGAGGAAUGGUCUAAAUAUAGCAACUUUGCCUCAGCAACUCGGGUCCCACUCAUGUUCCACGUGCCAGGGGUCACUGACGUGACUGGGUCGUUACACCAUCGCAAGUUUCCCCUUGUCAGUGCCUUCACCACGGCCCAGUCCCACCACCGCAGUAACCAGGCAAGAGCUGACGCGACUCCCAACUACUUGACAGGUGAGUCCACCCCUCGCCGACACUCCCCAGGGUUUGUCAGUGACGCCCUGGUGGAGCUAGUCGACGUUUUCCCAACAUUGGCUGAGCUGGCCGGGUUACUGGUCCCCCCUCUCUGCCCUGCUUCCCCCACAAAUGUCACCUUUUGUACAGAGGGUGUCAGUGCAGUGCCUUUAAUCCACCAAGCCAUUGGCCGUCCCAGCGAGCCAAAAAUCAAGCACUGGAAGAGUGCCGCUUUCAGCCAGUACCCACGCCCGACGUUCUUUCCUUCCCACAAGACCAACACGCCUUCGCUGGCCCGCAUCAAGAUCAUGGGCUACUCCAUGCGGACGAAGCAGCACCGCUACGCCGAGUGGCUGCCCUUCAACAAUACCAACUAUCGAGUGGACUGGUCAGGCCUGCUGGCCAGGGAGCUCUACCGCUACGGGUCAGACCCCGAGGAGAAUGUCAAUGUGGCUGAGAGCCCCGACAACAUCCAGCUUGUCAAAUCACUGUCCCACCAGCUCCGGCUGGGCUGGAGGCAUGCCCUGCCAGUCCUUCAGGACAGCGAGCCGACCACGACAGCGCAAACCAGCUCAGCCAGCUGGCUGACCAGUAACAGUGCAUCUUCAAUCAGCGGCAAUGCUUUCGCCAGGGCAGUGGCUGUAUUCCAAGUGGUCAAGAUGGCUUGUCAUUUCUUCUAUCAAAGUCCAGUGUUGCAAGUUUAAUACAGUAUGGCAUAUUCCUAGCAACUGAAAUGUUACCGUACUAUAAACUGUAAGCUACUUUUUUACCCUUCUAGUGUUCCACAAUGCAAUUCAGUAUCUGUUGUCGUAUGUUGGUGGUAAUUCUAGAUGAGUGUUGCGAUAACAAAUUAUGUUAGUCUGACGAGCUCAGUGUUGCCUGAAUUAUUUAACCUUUCAUCGGAUCACAUAACCUACAGGAGAUGGGUCGUAUAUUUAGGGAAAAGACUGAGUAGAGUACUUCAUUUUGGAUUAGCUAAAGAAGCAGGGUUUUGUUCUGAUAUCAGUGUUUUAGAGAGAGGAGAUGAUCUCAGACACAAAAUACAAUAAUGCCAACCAAGUUGAAGGCAUAGAGGAGAUUUUAAUUUUUCUUUUCUUUCAAAAUUUAAUUGGAGAUAAUCGACUAAAAAAAGAUUUUUUUAUAAUGCAAGUGGUCUAACAGACAUGCUAGCGACACAAGAGAAGGGCUUAAUGGCUUCUCUGCAGUGCCAGUUUAAAAUUGAAGUAAUGGCUGUAAAGUGCAAUCCAAGAAAAAUGACCCGGGCUGGAUAGUGCAGCCACCCAUCAUGAUAUGAAUCUUAAUGUUCCUUGGGAAUAAUGUUGUCAGUUUGGCCGCGACAGCAAGCCAGGUAGGUGCACUUUGUUUUCAAGGCAAUGAGAUCCUAAGAAACAUAUAAAUGUGGUAUGUUUUCAUACAUGUACAUGUAUAUACAGUGAUUCUAAGGGACAAAGUCCAUUUUUUUUGGGGGGGGGUUGUUUUUUUUAUUGAACGAUCAUUUAAUGUUUAGGUAUGCAAUUUAGCCUCGUAUUUUUGACAGGCCUACCACUCAAUAUUUAUACUGGCCUUACUAUCAGAGUACCUUGUUUCUAUGCAUGUACACAAUUGGAAUGCAAACCCUGAUGGUGUCCCUGAAUGCAAUAGCACUUGUAGCUUCCGUCCAGUACGUACUGACUUGAAAUCGAGGCCAGAAGUAUUAUCAUUAUAUUUCUGGUAAUGCCACCAAGGAUUCCUCAAAAGUGCCCUAGGCACUGUAGCUCGCAUGCCUGAAGAAACCUGUA